AUCUGCCAUUGCUCUGCCUUUUCCCAGGACCGGCAGGUCAACGAGUUGGCCCAGGAUUUGGCCAGCAAGUUGGGUCUGAAGGUGCGGAAGGCGUACAUCAGCCCACAGGCAGAGUCUUCUGUAGCGGGUGUGGACACCAACGGGAACCUGGAUGCUACAGCCGGGGAGAUUUCAGCUAAUGGUCUGGAGUCUUUAAAUGGGAUCGCAUCAGAGGACAGUGCCCAGUGCAUUCCCGCCCCCCUGGCCACUCCCAUCCCCGUGAGCGACGAGCCAUCGUCGCUGCCGGUAGCCCCCGUGUCCCCCGAGGACCCGCCCGAGAGCCCGGGGCAGGUGUCCUUCUCGGUGCCUGUGUCGGAGCACCUGGGCGAAUGCGAGGUGAUUGGUGACGAGCUGGACGGCCUGCUGGACUGCAUCCCUAAGGGGGCGGAGAGCUCCGUCCAGGGUGCCAUUCCCACCAACCUCCCCAAUACAGUGGUGGGUCUCCGGCCCACCUACCCUGCCAGCCUACCGGCCCCCUCUCCGCAGCUGCCCCCCGCCUUCUUCACCUCGGCCGUGAACACCCUCAACGCGCUGGACUCCUUCUCCAGCCUGGGCUCAGGCGACACCCCCGUUCAGGUGCUCGACACCCUGGACUCCUUCACCCCAGGCCUGAGCGCCUCGGGGACGGGGGCCACAGAGGCGGGGGGGCUGGACUCCCUGUCAGAGUUCACUCUGCCUGGAGGUAGAAUCUCUCACGGUUUCAUCCCAGGACUUGGCAACAACAGCUCCACUCACUCCAAUGGCCCAGUGACCACGAACCUCUCUCUGCUGUCCCGUAACCCCUUGGCUGCCACCCAUGAGUUCAGGCAGGCCUGUCACGCCUGCUACAGCCGCAUAGGUCCGCGGGUCAUGGACUACCAGUACCAGCCAGAAGUGGCUCACCGCUGCAAGCGGGACAUUCUGUUAUGCCGCAUUAAGGGGCCGGAUGACCCCACGUGGAAGAGGAUCAGGCCACGUCCCACCAGAAACAACUUCCUGGGAGCUUUCGUGCUUUGCAAAGGUACCGCCCUCCUUUCUGGUAAACGCCGGAUCACCGGCCGCGUGCCACUCGGACCCCCAGCUCAUAGGCUGCAUCAGAGACACGCCGUUUACGCUUCAUCACAUUGGCUGAUGCUUUUAUCCAAAGCAGCCGUCUUUACCAGUCUAUGUUGGGCAUUUUUACUGGGACAGUUCAUGUUAAGACCGAAGCUCAAGGCCACUACUGGGAAUUCUCUAAGGCUGAGCCCACAAAUUUUCAGGCUAAGUUAAUAUCGCCUCUGCUCUGACCCCUAUUGUUUUAAAGGUUAACAUUUCCAUAAGUGACACCACUCUUUGACGACUUUAAUCCCUCUGGAACCGGUCGUUUCGGGUAAAACACAAGGUAGCGAGGUACCAGCUGCUGAC